UACAGUUGUUACAUUACAAUUACUGAUAGAUACAGUUGUUACCUUACAAUGACUGAUAGAUACAGUUGUUACCCUACAAUUACUGAUAGAUACAGUUGUUACCUUACAAUUAUUGAUAGAUACAGUUGUUACAUUACAAUGACUGAUCGAUCGAUACAGUUUUGUUAUAUUACAAUUACUGAUAGAUACAGUUGUUACCCUACAAUUACUGGUCGAUACAGUUGCUACCUUACAAUUACUGAUAGAUGCAGUUGUUACAUUACAAUUACUGAUAGAUACAGUUGCUACCUUACAAUUACUGAUAGAUACAGUUGUUACAUUACAAUUACUGAUAGAUACAGUUGUUACCUUACAAUUACUGAUAGAUACAGUUGUUACCUUACAAUAACUGACAGAUACAGUUUUUACAUUACAAUUACUGGUAGAUACAGUUGUUACAUUACAAUUACUGGUAGAUACAGUUGUUACCUUACAAUUACUGAUAGAUACAGUUGUUACCUUACAAUGACUGAUAGAUACAGUUGUUACCUUACAAUAACUGACAGAUACAGUUUUUACAUUACAUUUACUGAUAGAUACAGUUGGUUGUUACCUACAAUUACUGGUAGAUACAGUUGUUACCUUACAAUUACUGAUAGAUACCGUUGUUACCUUACAAUUACUGAUAGAUACAGUUGUUACAUUACAAUCACUGAUAGAUACAGUUGUUACCUUACAGUGACUGAUAGAUACAGUUGUUACCUUACAAUGACUGAUAGAAACAGUUGUUACCUUACAAUGACUGAUAGAUACAGCUGUUACCUUACAAUAACUGACAGAUGCAGUUUUUACAUUACAUUUACUGAUAGAUACAGUUGUUAG